CUUUUGAUACCACCCCACCUUUCUUCUUCUUUUUUUCUGUUGCUUUUUUGAUCAGAGAGUCCUCUCUCUAUUCAUCUUCGUCUUCAUCUUCAUCUUCAUCUUCAUCUUCCAUCACCGCCAACACAAGAUGGGCGAUCAGAUUGCGAGAGGAGAAGAUUUCGAGAAGAGAGCUGAGAAGAAGCUCAGCGGCUGGGGCCUCUUCGGUUCCAAAUUCGAUGACGCCGCCGAUUUGUUCGAUAAAGCCGCCAAUGCUUUCAAGCUCGCCAAAUCAUGGGACCAAGCUGGAUCAGCAUAUGUAAAGUUAGCAAACUGUCAUUUAAAGUUGGAUAGCAAACAUGAAGCUGCUGGUGCUUAUGCUUCUGCUGCUCAUUGCUAUAAGAAGACAAAUACUAAAGAGACCAUAUCUUGUCUAGAGCAAGCGGUCAAUAUGUUUAAGGAGAUUGGGAGGCUCAACAUGGCUGCAAGAUAUUACAAGGAAAUUGCUGAAUCGUACGAAGCUGAACAGAACUUCGAGCAGGCUAUUUUUUACUAUGAAAAAGCGGCUGAUCUUUUCCAAAGUGAAGAUGUAACAACUACUGCAAAUCAGUGCAGGCAGAAAGUUGCUCAAUUUUCUGCUCAGUUGGAACAAUACCAGCAAGCUAUUGAGAUUUAUGAAGAUAUAGCACGGCAAUCGCUGAACAAUAAUUUGCUGAAGUAUGGAGUAAAAGGACAUCUUCUUAAUGCUGGCAUUUGCCAACUCUGUAAAGGCAAAGGGGACACUGUUGCAAUUAACAAUGCAUUAGAGAAAUAUCAGGAUUUGGAUCCAACUUUUUCUGGAACACGAGAGUACAAAUUGCUUGCGGAUUUAGCUGAUGCUAUUGAUCAGGAAGAUAUUGCAAAGUUCACUGAUGCUGUGAAGGAAUUUGACAGCAUGACUCAACUGGAUGCUUGGAAAACAACCCUUCUUUUGAGAGUUAAGGAAGCACUGAAGGCAAAAGAACUAGAGGAGGACGAUCUUACUUAGGUUUAUAUUUUAGUUUGAUGUUGUGUCAUUUGCAUAUCUUUGUGAUGAUUGUACCGGGUGGUUGUGUCUGAUUGUUAUUCUUUUACACUGUUUUUGUGUGUGCACUUUUGAUUUUGUUGUGAAUCUGAAUGAAUAUAUGCUUGCUAUUAUAAGCAUAUACGAGGUUGUAAUGGAAUACAGGUUUCUUUUGUUUACUGUAAGUUCAUGAAUAAAAAAUUGCUUGUUGAAGAUGUUCAAGAA